AAGCAGCCAACUUCGGUACAUGCGGGAUCUGCCGUCUCGCGCGCGGUCGCUCUGCGAGUGCACGGUCCAAACGUGCGCCAUCGCUUAUCGCUGAGAGCCAUACUGCUAGGACAGCCGUCAGCUCCGAGCGGAAGAGGCCGCCUCGACUUCGAAGCUUAGUCCCCGAUUCCCGAUCGUACUUAAAAUUUGUAAACUCGUGUCUAAUAAAUAAUUCGAAUUUUAGCACCAACUCGCUGGUACCGAUCAAACUUUUGACUUUAGACUUGACGAGCUAGGUAAGGAGUUGUAGAUUGUUAAUAUUGCCGGCAAGGAAAUGUUUUGAAGCCUCAGUUUUAACUAGUUGACUCUCAGUGCUGCUGCUGCAAGGUAAUUAGCAUUGUAGUGAAUCCAACCAGCUCAUUAUCUUUUUACGAACAUUUCAUAUCAGAGUGAAACUCCAUCAUUAUCAACAUUUUAGUGACUUCUCUCUCGGUGUCUGUUGACCUCCGAAUCGGAAUAAUCUUGGAAUGUAACUCGUGGUUUUCAUCUACUAUUGACAAUGAAAUUACGUUUGUACCUACCUAGUGCUAGCCAGUGCUAGCUAGAACGUUUUGAUCUUCCGGAGGUGUUGUGUCGCUAUGCCCAAGAUUUAACCUUUGCACGGAUUGAUACUCACGAAUCAAAGGACUUUGCGCCUUUACUUUUGCUGAGCAGUUUUGAACUGCCACAGUUUGAUUCUGACAAAAUGGAAUGGAAUGGAUUUUCCUCGGUUAUUACUGAUGUAUGCUACAAAAAGUAUGGCUCUCUACCUAAAUCUGGCAAACCUCAUACAGAUGGAAGUCAAUGGACAUCAUGUGCUGCCAUAGUCAAGAGAAAUUCAGAUGGAACCUUGAAGGUAGUUAGCCUAGCCACUGGCUCCAGAUGCAUAGGUAAAUCCAGACUAAAUGCCACCGGAACUCUUGUCCAUGAUAGUCAUGCAGAGGUCUUGGCAAGGAGAGGCUUUUUGCGCUACCUAUAUGAACAAAUUGAAAUGUUCCAGAGAAGAGGUACUUCAGAUGUCAUUGAAGAAAGUAAUUUUACAAUUGAGAAAUUUAAGUUGAAGGAUUCUGUUGAAUUCCAUUUCUUUUCCAGUCAUAUACCAUGUGGAGAUGCCUCCAUAAUUCCAAAAUGUGACGGUGAUGAAGGUUUGUUCAAUGGAAACAACCGGAGAGAAGAAUGUAAAUGUUUCGAUUCUAAAAGAAAAUUGUCAGACAGUGAAACAGAAGAUCGCUGUAAAAAAUCUAAGAUGGAUUGCUUUCUGAUGUCAACUUGCCCUUUAAAUAGAGCACAGAAGAAUCAACAAGAAAAUAGUGUCUACGAUGUGUUUCGCACCGGUGCUAAGUGUGUACCUUCAGAUUCUCGACAAGACGCACUUCUACCUGGAGUGAAAUAUCACAGCCUUGGAGCAGUGAGGACCAAACCUGGUCGAGGUGAUCCAACCAUGUCAGUCUCUUGCAGCGAUAAAAUAGCAAGAUGGAAUGCUGUUGGUAUCCAGGGAGCUUUGCUGUCACAUCUGCUUGAGCACCCUAUUUUCUUGAAGACCAUCGUCAUCGGUGGAGGAGGACCAUUUUGUGAGGAAUCCAUUCUCAGAGCUCUGGUGAAGCGGUUCAAUGCAGCAGAUAUACAUAUACCUCUUAUCAUGCGUUCAAGUAUCGUUUUCACCCAUGCUAGGUACGGAAAGCCUACAAGUCAACCGGCUCCAGCUAGUAUCAUUUGGUGUGACGUCUCUCAAAAGCCAUUGGAAAUUGGGGUGGACGGGAAGAAGCAAGGUGCAACCAAAGGAGCUAAAAAUGAUUAUUUGCUCGUAUGCAGGAAAAGUUUAUUCCAAAAAUUCAUCUCUCUAACUGGUGAGAAAUUCAAAAGUCAAACAUAUUUUGAUUGCAAGCAAGCAGCAGAAGCUUAUCAGUGUGCAUGGAAACUGAGGAAGAGUCAAUUGGGGGCUUGGACGGAGAAACCGCCUGAAUUGCAACACUUCAAAAUUGACAAUCCAACUUGAGACUCAUGUUAUUAGUAUUAGAAGAAAGCAGCAAAUCAAGGAGCUCAAGAAUCAUGUUGCUGAAUUGAGGAAGCGGAAAAAUUACGAUCAAAGAUAGAUUGCUCGGGCGCCUGUCAAAACAACUGAUGGUACGAUAUUAAAGAUUCACGAACGGGAAAGGAAGUUACAUCAUCUUGAGGGUCGGAGCUCGGAUUUUCCCGCCCGGGCCUUCACCAGCUCGGCCAAUUCCACAUGGUCGCUGGAAACAGAGGAUUGGGCCGCUUUUCUCGCCUGCCAACUCGACUUAGCCAAGUGUCUUCAAAGUGGUCAAGAAGGGGUUACAACUCAGAAGCAUUUUCCCAAAAAGUCUACUGUUUAUUAACAUAUCAUACGUUGCCUGGGCCGCUACCACAGGCACAAAUGCUAUAACUGUAAGUUGACGAAUUUCAAGGGCAAACUCUAGGUCCUGUGCAUACCAAUGCUGUAGACCCAAACUUUGAAUUUGCCGCCAAUUAGCUCGACUAAAAUGAAAGAAGCACCCUCUGACUAAACACUCUGGAAAUACAGUUUUAAUGGAAUUUCUCACUGCUUUUUCGAAAUCAAUCAGGAUUGGGACUGCUGGAGACAUUCCUGGAAGUGACUGGGCUGUGGCCCUAAAUAAUUUUGUGUCUCCUUUUUUGUUUGUCAUCAAAGAGGGAGAGGCAAGAGAGAGGUAAUUAUUAAACUUGCCAGAUACGAUGAAAACCACCCGUGCCGAAAAAUCCGGGAACCAUUAGUGUCGAUACACUGUAUGGAUUUAGAUAAGGUGGUAAAAUGGAGUUAGGUCCAUUUCGACCAUUAGGACCAUUUCGCAGGGAAAACAAAGCCAGAAAGUUUAAAAAUGUCAAUAGAGUCGAAAAUUUUGAGAUUUCGAUAGGUCAACAUUCCUUCCUGAUUUAUAAGGGGCUGAAAAAUCGAAUCAUCAUAUCACAAAAAUAUUUUAUGUACACAAGCUUGAAUUUACACUGAUUAUAUACUACUUAUCUAUACUACCCUCCCUGGCCCUAGGUUUACACAAUCAUAAUAUGGACGUAUUUCUGCCAAACGGAACUAUGUACAUUAAAUUGAUUAUGAUAAAAGUUAGUGUAAAUUAUUUUUUUAAGUGUCUGUCUCGUAUAAUAAUUUAGUAACUUAGAUUUUUCUCCGUUUCUUUGAGCAGUCAGGGUUCCGAAUCUCAUCGGUUCCAUCUCUUGUUAGCAACAAGUAUUAGCACAUUCAUGAUCGCAGAUAGCUAUGUCGUAUAAAGGUUUUUAUAUGUAAAAUGUAUAAUUAUUGAAUCAAACAAAAUACCUCUGCAAAGGCUUUUGACAAA